UGACGUAACGUCUCAUGUACACGUCGCUCAAGAUGCGCUUCGCAAAGAUGGCGGAUAAGCGUUAGCCCUAAUGACGCGUACCGCUGCAACAAAACCACGCGCUGUGCUUUAGACUGAAUUUUCGACUUCACCUCACAGGUAUAGUCUUCACUCUUUAGAGAUGCAACCCUCUCCUCGAACUGCACCUCCUGGAGCGUGUGGUACACCACCACCACCACCACCUACCUCUGGUGGUUCAAAUGCUUUCAGAAGAAAUCGACCACACAAGCAUGGCGCAUUGGCCCCCAAUGCAGCAUCAACUCCUCCUCCUCCACAGCCACUGACUGACCCUUUUGCCUUUGGUAGGCAAGGCUCACCAUCUACAAGAGUAAGCAGCCAGACUCCGCCUCUACACAGUAGUCCUCUUCCUAUGCAAGCUACUCUCGCAGCAGGUUUUAACCAGACUGGUCCACCUCUAGGCCCACUAUCAGGAGCACAAGUACCAAUAGCUGGUCCAGUACAUACCUUUUCCAACCCUCAUCCUGGUCCUUCGGGACAUCCAUUAGCCCCUAACCCAGGUUCCACAGAACCUGGCUAUUUCAGCUCCCAAGAACCGAUGCCAUACAUUGCCCAGUUGCCUAACUCUGUCCCUCCUUUCAGUACUAGUACAAUGCAUGCUCCCCCUGCAGCUUUGACUGUACCAGUUCAAAGUACGCCUCUGUUUCCUACACUGCCUGCUACAUCCCAUUCUGGGCCUGAUCAUGGUAGUCGUCCUCCUUCCGUUCAAAAUUACUUUCAGCCAACCAGUGAUACACCACAGUCUUUUCAUCCACAUAUUCAGGCACAGGGUCUUCCAUCUGUCCCCUUGCCCCAUCCUGGCCCUUUUCAGUCACACACUCAGAAUCAUAGUCAGUCAGCCAUAAAUAUGGGUGAGCCAGCCAUUUCCCAGCAACAAAACUCUCACUUUUCCACCCAGGGUUAUUUCAGUCAGACCGGUGGUGUCCCAGAGCCAUGGUUUAAUCAGGUUCCACAGGACCCCAUGCAGCGUUCCGGCCCUGUUCCACAUAAUGUUCCUUUUACUGACCCUGGAACACUGUCUAUGUUCUUUCAUGGAAAUGAUGUAGAAAAUGUAGAGACUCUUUCUGGAGAGGGCCAUGUCAAUGGAGUCUCACACCCUCCACAAAGCAGGGAAGUAAAUGAAAUGCUUAAUCCCUCUUUAAAUGAAACUGUGAAUGUCAAAAUGACUGCUGGCCCAUGCGACUCAGUUGAGAAUCUGGAAUGUGUUCCAAAUCAGGAAGUUUUACCUAAUGAACCACCAUCAACUCCUGCAUAUGAGGCAGGGCCUAACUUAGAAACACCUGACUCUGCAUCUCGUCCUGCACGAUCUGCAAGUGUCUCAUCCAGCUAUAGCAAUGUCAGUCACAGUAGUGGUCAUGCCCCCCACAGUAGCAGUCACCCUCCUCGACGACAUCAGGGAGUUGUUGGGACGUUUAUCCAACAAGAAAGCCCCCGGCCUCCUGAUGCACCAGCAUCCCACCCUUCUGCUGGUGGUUACUUUGAACAGAUUGAUUCCGCUCCUGCUCCAGAGCUAAGUCCUACUUUCCCCACACCCAGCCCUCCAAAGCCAGUUGGGGUGUUCCAGGCUAGUGCUAACUCUUCCUUUGAGCCUGUGCGAUCCCACGUAGUAGGAGUUAGACCUGCUGAAGUUGAUCGUGCUAGAAUGGUAAUGGAAAAAAGAUCUGAUAUAUUACCUGGCAACUUGGAGCAGCCCCCAGACAAUAUGGAGACUAUCUACUUUCCCGGAGGACAAGAUCGCAGGCCUUCGUCUCGAGCUCAGGGGUCACGAAGACCCAGUGAUAGUCCUGCUACAACCCUCUGGGCUCAAAGUGAUGCAGCUAGUCUUGGUGCAAAUAUACUUUUGGCACCUGCAGCACCUCCUCUUGCUACAACUACAGCUUCAUCAUGUCAACAAACUACUGAGAUUAUUCAGCCACCAGAAGAUGUGCCUCUGGAUCUUCAGCCUCCUAGGGCACUUCCACAGCCUCCCUCUGAGAACCUUGAGAACCCACCUGAUUCAGCCACUCAGGCAAGUUUGGGCUAUGCCUCUUUGUUAGUGUCCACACCUCCCACAGAGGCUUUAAACCAGUCUGUUUUGAUUGCCACACCUUCAAAUUAUGCUGUGAUUUCUCCUCAAUUGCCUGUCCAAUCAACCAAUCAAAUGAGUCCUAAGGAAACAAAUAUGCCUGUUCAGCCACCCUCUCAAGCCCAAGUGGCCAGCCAAUUGCCACAGGGUUCCUACUCAGCCAAUCACCCGCCUCCUCUUUUCUCUCAAACACCAAUCAGCUUUCAUUCACCUUUAAGCCAGAGUUCGACACGAGAAGUCCAAGAUGCGCAAAUUCCUCUCCAACCGGCCCAGCCUACUACUUUGAAGGCCCAGUCACCGAAAAAUGACUGCGAAUCGCUUCCACCUUCCAAAUCACAAAUUCCUUCAUGUGCUUCUGCCAUCAAUCAGAAUCAUCGCUCAAAUUAUGAACUGCUUGAUUUUUCUAUGCACCAAACACAGAGCACAAAUCAGGCCCCUUUUUCAGCUCCUGUUCCUGCCCCUGCCCCUGCUCCAGUAAAUAAUGCAGCUGGCUUUUACUUGCAGGUCACCAAAGAUUCACAGCAAGGGGCACGAGUGCAAAGUGAGCCUCCACUUCAGCCACCAACCUCGAAUCCCCCUAGAGCUCCUAGUAAUCAAUCUAGUAAUGGCCCCUCUGGUCCCUCUAAUCCAACUCAUCCAGCUUCACAAUAUUAUCCUGCCCCACACGCUACACCUGUUUCUCAAGCCACAUCAUCCUCCACAUAUCUUCCACAAUCUGGCGAUUCUGUUAAUACACAUGACCCCCAGCGUCCCCCAUCUUCACUUGGGAGUCAGCAUGGCUUUGGUGUGCCACCUCCCAUGCCUCCUGCACCUGGAUUUAGCAGCUACUACCCAGAGUACCAAGAUGGAAGACAUCCUUUCCCACCUCCAGACCCAAGGGUUCAGAACUACUACCAGGAUGACGCGUAUAGAAGAGGAGAUCCACCGUAUGGCCGGUACAAUGGACCAAACCCUGGUUAUCGGGAGGCAGACCGACAGCCAGAGAGGCCAAGUUCUAGGACCAGUCAGUACUCUGACCGACCCAACUCCAGGCAGGGGUAUGCAGAAGAUUACCCCAGGUCUAAUCGCAGUGCCUAUGAAGAAUACUAUGCAAAUUACUAUAAGUUCAUGGAUCAGAACAGGUGGUAUGACCCCAAUGCUAUGUAUGACCCCCGAUAUCGAGGCUACUAUGAUCAGACUUAUGGUUGGUAUAAUUAUGACCCUGAAGCCUACGGGAGAGCUGACCCCUACUUUAGCCAACAGUAUUCCAACAGGCGUGAAGGCUAUGAUGACCCAUGGCGUUACUAUCCUGGCUACGAUGCAAGUUUCGAUGAUGACUGUCGUCGUCGGGACACAUACGGAGAUGAGUUGGAGCGGCGGUCUGUCCACAGCGAGAGAUCGACACACAGCCGCCGCAGCAGCUUCAGCUCUCGCUCACAGCAGAGUCAGGUGUACAGGAGUCAGCCGGAUCUUGUUGCUGCGAGUUAUGAAGCAACAGCGACCACAAUGCCUGCAGAUUAUUCCUAUUCUCAGUUUCCAGAGCAGACAGACACCCUGAAUUACAGCCAGUAUAAUGCUGAGAACUCCACAUGGGCUGCCCCUGAACAAGCUCCUCCAAGGCCACUGACUCCGGAGAAGUACGCGGCUCCUCACUGUUGUGCUCGCUUUGGGCCAGCAGGUCAGCUGAUCUUUGUUCAGCCCAACCUGCCCUCGGCCGGGCAGCCUGCCCUUGUUGAGAUUCAUAGCAUAGAGACCAUGAUGCAGGAUUUUCCAGAGCAGGCAGAGUUACGUGCCUUCCCAGGGCCACUUGUCAAGGAGGAAACCCAUAAAGUGGACGUUAUAAAGUUUGCCCAGAAUAAAGCUCAGGAGUGCCUGCGCAACGAUGACCUCAUUGACAAAGACUCCGCCUUCCUCAUCUGGGAAUUCAUCGUACUGCUGUGUCGACAAAAUGGGACGGUAGUUGGCACGGACAUAGCUGAUCUCUUGCUGAAGGAACAUCGUUCUGUGUGGUUGCCGGGCAAAUCACCCAACGAGGCAAACCUGAUUGACUUCAACAAUGAGGCACUGGAGCGGGCAGAGGAGGAGGGGACAGGGCCACUCUCACUUUUAUCGGACACCUUCAUGGGCGUGGCAGAAAAUGUUGGCAAAGAGACUGAACGCUUCCGAGAGCUGCUGCUCUUUGGGCGGAAAAAGGAUGCUCUUGAGGCCGCUAUGAAAAACGGGCUUUGGGGCCACGCCCUGCUCUUGGCCAGUAAAAUGGACAACCGAACACAUGCACGAGUCAUGACCAGGUUUGCCAACAGUCUUCCCAUUAACGAUCCACUGCAGACGGUCUACCAGCUCAUGUCAGGCAGGAUGCCUGCUUCUGCCUCGUGUUGUGGGGAUGAGAAGUGGGGCGACUGGCGUCCUCACUUAGCCAUGGUUCUUUCCAACCUUACACAUGCACUCGACUUGGACACACGCACCAUCUCGACCAUGGGAGACACGCUCGCUUCUAAAGGUCUGCUUGAUGCUGCACAUUUCUGUUACUUAAUGGCUCAAGUGGGUUUGGGGGUCUUUACCAAGAAGAGCACCAAGAUAGUCCUCAUUGGCUCCAACCACAGUCUUCCGUUUGCAAAGUUUUGUUCUACAGAAGCUAUCCAGAGGACAGAAGCGUAUGAGUAUGCACAGUCACUCGGUUCACAGCCUCUUUCACUGCCAAAUUAUCAAGUGUACAAGUUCAUCUACGCAUGUCGUCUGGCAGAGGCGGGCCUUUGUGCUCAGGCAUUUCACUACUGUGAGGUCAUUUCCCGAGCACUUCUAACCUUGCCUACAUACCAUUCACCUGUUUUCAUCAGUCAGAUUAUACAGAUGUCUGAGCGAUUAAGGUUUUUUGACCCCCAGCUGAAGGAGAAGCCAGAGCAAGAGCUCUUCCAGGAGCCUGAAUGGCUACUGCAUUUAAGAACACUCAGUAGCCAGAUCAAGGAUGGUGUGAUAAUGUUGCGCACAGAUCGCAGUACUCCUCAGCCAUCUGCCUGUACUACGCCAAGCUCAGAGGAACAAGCUAGUCCUGUUGAAACUUCAACUUUUAACUCUGACCCUCACAACCCAUUAAUGAGCACACUGAUGCCCCAGCUUGGCCCUUCUGCACCGGGGGUGCAGCUCAUGCCACCAGCUCCAACUGCUAUUUUGCAAGAUGGGUCUGUUUCUCUGCAGCACGGCUCUCCCCCAAAUGAGGGUGUCCCAUUUAACUCUGCAGUCACUGCGCCUCCCCAGCCUGGCUACAUCCCUCAAUACCAGACUGAGGACCAGGGACCAUACUCAUCUUUGCCAGCCCAAAGUCCCACUCUUCCACCCCCCAACAUGCCUCCCCAAAUUCCCCAAUACACACCCAUGGAAAUUCCACCUCAGCUGCCUCCUCAAACACCAUCUCAAAUGUCUCCCCACAUGUCCCCCCACUUUUCUCCCCAUAUGCCUCCUCAUAUGCCUCCUCAUAUGUCCCCCCAUCUGCCUCCCCAUAAUCCACACCAGGUUCCUGGAGUAAAUCCUACACCUACUCCUCCAUCUCCACAGCAGCUCCAGCCUUCUUCACCUUCCCAUGGUCCACCUUCUCACAUGGACUUCUAUGACAACAUGGCACAGAUGAGUACAGGAAGAAGAUCCAGAACGACAUCACAAUCUUCAGUGCACAGGAUGCCUGGACGUCGCUCACGCACUACGUCAGAGUCAUCCACUCAUUCGACAGGACGGGAGCGCAGCAACUCUUUAGCCAAUCAAAGCUCUCCUCCUCCACCAAUACCAGAGGCCCCUGUUCAGGAAGCACCUAAGAAAAACAAGAAAGACUCUCCCAAAAAGGGAGGAGGUGGAGGCAUCUUCGGCUGGAUAUACCGAAGGGGAAAGAAUGAAGUUCAUUUGCCAGAUGACAAGAACAAAUCUAUUGUUUGGGAUGAAACGAAGCAGAAAUGGGUGAAUCUGGAUGAACCAGAAGAGGAGAAAAAGCCUCUUCCUCCUCCACCAUCAAUGUUCCCAAAUGCUCCAAUGGGGGGCAACAUGGGGGGCGGACCACCAAGCGGACCAGCUGCAGGGCCAUCUGUUAAUAUGUUUUCCAGGAAAGCAGGUACUAGGGCUCGGUAUGUGGACGUGUUUAAUUCGGGUCGUCGGAACUCCAACCCUGCACCUGCUGUCGCUCCACCUGCCGAUCUGUUUGCUCCUCUUGCACCCAUGGCCAUGCCAGCGAACCUCUUCGUUCCCACUGCAGCACCAGACGAUCGACAACCAAUGGAGGGAAGUGUUCCAGACAGCAAUGGAAAUACAGAACACAUUCAGCCCAAUGCUACAGGUCCACAGAUGUUUAAUCCAACUAUUUUGCCCUCGGGUCCGGAAGGUGCUCAUUCUGGAGAGCUCUCACGUUCUAGUUCAAUGAGUUCUUUAUCACGAGAAGUGAGUCGGCAUUUAAACCAGGUCCCUACAGAAAUACCGGCCCAGGGACCUCCGCCCACCGGGGGCGUGACUUUCUAUAACCCCUCCCAGUUUGCACAGGCCAUGCCCCCAGCUCGUUCUCGUCUAGGCCGGCUGGGACAGCGCGAGUACCCAACACUGAAAUAGAUGUCCACAGAUCAAUCUGUGUUGGUUUAUUUUUACAUCUCAUCAGACUGAAUUAAUCCAGAAUUGGACAAAUACCGGCAUCUGGCCUUGCAGUUUUCAUCAUCAUCGUUGUACUCUUAUUUUACCUUGCUUCACAAAAACCCUAAAAAAAGAGCUGUGGAUUCCUUUCAUCUCUGUCUUUUCUUUUGUCCUGUGUUUUACUGGAUUGGUCCUAUACCAGUGUAAUCUUUAAGUGCAAUAAUUGUUUAGCUUUCAGUUAGACUUUCCUAACUAACUGCAUUUCAACAUCUGUGUUUGUGUGUGUGUGUGUGCAUGUGUGUGUAAGAGAGAAAUAAAGAGGGGAGUGCCAUUGGGAUGGAGACAGCGCGCACCUUGCCUGUUUUCAUCAUCGGAAAGGUCGUUGGGAGAUUUUAGAUAUUUAUUAAGGCUUUCUAUCGGAACGAGACAAACUUUUUUUUCUUUUUUUUUUAAUAAUCACCAAUCCCAGAUCUGUAUAUUUCCGAAUGAAUAUUUAUGAGCUGUCUGUAGUGUGUCCUUGUUCUCCUGAUUCAACUUUUGAUUUGCAUAUGUUUGUGAUUUAUAUUGAGUUCUCCAUAUUUCACUGCUUAGAUUACUUAAUUAUUUUUUUUUUAUUAAUGAUUUUUUUUCCUUCUUAAUCCUUUCUCAUAAAAACCCAAUCGCCGCUAGUCUCGUUCCUUUGGUCACUGCUAGGGAUUGUCUUUUUGUAAUCUCAAAGGAUUCACAACCUCUUUGAAGGAAGCCUGGACUUUUCCAUUGUGUUUCAAAUUCAAUGUAAAAUUACUCAACAGAAAAAAAGAAUAAACAUAUUUUUGAGCUCUUUA